UUUUGCCCAUUUUUUAAUUGGGUUGUUUGGUGGUAGUGUUGAGUUUUAGGAGUUCUUCACAUGUUCAGGAUAUUAAUCUUUCAUCAGAUAUAUGAUUUGCCAAUAUUUUCUCCCAUUCUAUGGGUUUCAUUUCACUCUUUGAUGCACAAAAGUUUUACAUUUUGAUGUAGUCCAAUUUAUUUUUCUUUUGUUGCUUUUAUUUUUGGUGUCAUAUCCAAAGACUUGUCUAAUCCAAUAUCAUGAAGUUUUUCCCUUAUGUAUUCUAAUAAGACUUUGUAGUUUUAGCUCCUAUAUUUAGGUCUUUAGACUCAAUAAUCAAGCUCAAAUUAUUCUAUUUCAUUAAUUCCCAGAAUGUUCCCAUCUACAUUUCUAUGCUCAAACUCUUGUCUGUGUUUAGAAUUUCGUUUUUCCUCUCUCUUUGUAUUCAAAUUAAUACCUUCUUUCAUGGUCUAUUCUAGCUGUUCCCUGCGGCAAAAAGUCUUCCUAUAGAUCACCAACUGAAAAGACUUUCUUCUUCUGAUCUCCCAUUAUGCUUUAGUUUCACUUAUAAGAUUUAUAUGCUAUCCUAAACUAUAGUUUACAUUUAUUCCCUCUAUAUUUAGAUGUUAAGUAUAUUUUUCAUAAUUUUUCCAUUAUAGUGUUUUCCAAAUGAUUUUAUUUGUUUAUCAAUAAAUAUUUAUUGAAUGAAUGAAUGUUUUUAUUUUUCCCAGUGUAGUCUCUUUUGUUUACUCAGCCCUUGUGGAAGGAACGAGAGAGGCCAGAGAAAGAGUACAUCACAGAGUUCCUGCUAGGUAGUGGGUGGGUGUAGACUUAGCUCUACUUCAAAACUCACUUCUUUAGGCAAUUUUUCUCAAAAUUUGCAUUACUUGCUUUGAAUAUAUAACUCUUAGCAUUGUUAACAUUUUGUACUGCAUUUAAUUUCUAUUUCUUGGCUUAUUGCUUAUAUAUGUGUUAAUAGGUCUUUUAAAGUGAAUGUUUUACUUUGCCAACUAGAUUAGAUUGACUAAUUCUCCAAUUUGAUGGAGUUUUGGGUGGCCAAAAUUUCUGUUGCUUUUUCUUUUAAGUUGAUUUUUAAAAUACACUAAUAAUAUGUGAAUAUAUUCUUUUGUAUAAAAAAGUCAAACAUUACAGGUAAGUCAAAAAUCCCCUUUGACUAACUCAGUUCCUAUCCCAGUGCCUUUUCCCUUCAGAGUUAAUCACUGUUAUUGGUUUUAUAUGAGCCCUGCCAGACUUUUUUCUUUGCAUUACUUACAUAUAUAUUUAUAUUAUAUAUAGAACUUCAUGUAUAAUUAUUUUCCCCAUUUUUCACAACUGCUUGUAAUGAUCAGUAAUCAGUAGAUAUGAAAUAAGUUUUACUGAUACCUGGGUCUGGAGAGACUGGAAUGAGAAGUAAAAGGUCAGACAUGUGAAAACACACCAUAUGUGUCCAACUUGCAAAAUUUCAUUCCAUAUGUUGUCUACAUAUAGUACCUAGGUAUCAGUGGACAGGCCAUGGCUCCACGGCCCCGGCGACGAAGGCACAAGAAACCCACCUCAUCAGUGGCUCCCAUGGUUGUGACUCUGCCCACAGAUGUGACCCCUGUGCCUUUGACCCUCUCAAAACCUGGCCCUAGCAUUGAUGCACUUGGCUUCUCCUCCUUGGAGAAUAAUGUUCCUGGCCUAUCCCAGGUGAUUCUUCAAAAGCUGAACAUGAAAAGCUAUGAAGAAUACAAGUUGGUGGUAGAUGGGGGUACUCCUGCAUCAGGCUUUGGAUUUCGAUGCCUUCAAGAAAUGUUUCAGAAGAUGGAGGACACAUUCAAAUUCUGUGCUCACUGUAGAGCACUCCCUAGUGGCCUUUCAGACUCCAAGGUCCUCCGGCACUGCAAGAGGUGCAGAAAUGUCUAUUACUGUGGCCCCGAAUGCCAAAGGUCAGACUGGCCAGCACACCGGAAGGUUUGUCAAGAGCUGUGUCUUAUAGUGGUGGACCGACUCAUGGAAUGGCUUCUGGUCACAGGUGAUUUUGUCCUACCCUCAGGACCUUGGCCACAGCUGACUGAAGUUGUGCAGGGCUGGGACACCUGGUUUUCUAUGCGGCGUUUACAGCUAGAUGCUACAUUGGAUGCUGUGCUGGGUAGUCAUGCCAUGACCACCUUGUGGGCCAGUGUAGGACGGCCAAGGCCAGACCUAGAUGUCCUGCAGGGCUCUUUGAAGCGGCUGCUAACAGAUGUCCUGUCACGGCCCUUGACGCUGGGCCUUGGGCUUCGGGCCUUGGGGAUAAAUGUUAAGAAGAUUGGAGGAAGCACACUGCAUGUAGUUGGUGCUUCCCAUGUGGAGACAUUCCUCACUCGCCCUGGGGACUAUGAUGAGCUUGGUUACAUGUUUCCCGGACACCUUGGCCUCCGUAUAAUCAUGGUGGGUGUAGAUGUAGCUGCUGGCUUUUCAGAGAGUACCUCAAGUUCACCCUUGGAACCCGGCACAGUUCAGCUUAGUGGCCAUAAAGGCCUCUAUCACAACUUCUGGGAGGAGCAGGUAGAGACUGGGCAGACCGCCCAUCCAGAUAUGGUAGUAGCAUUCCACCCAGGUUUCCAUGCUUCCCCAGAUUUGAUGGAGGCUUGGCUGCCCACCCUUCUGCUACUUCGUGAUUAUGAGAUCCCAACAUUGAUCACUGUUUACAGCCGUCAGGAGUUGGCAGCCUCUUUGCAGAUUCUGGUGGACCUGGAUAUACACAUCACUGCUUAUGGAGCUAACCCUUUCAUGUCUCUCAAACCUGAACAGGUCUAUUCCAACCCUAACAAGCAGCCAGUAUACUGUAGUGCCUACUAUAUCAUGUUUCUGGGAAGCUCCUGCCAGCUGGAUAAGAGGCAAUUGGAAGAGAAAGUAGAUGGUGGUGUUUAAAUAGCUGGGCUGUCUAGACAUCUGACUGGAUGUCUAGAAAAGAGGGAGGUAGUGAUGAAAUUACUUUGCUGAUGCCAUGUCUUUUUAUUGUCAACUGUGAAACUCACAUUCACUUGUCCAGGUAAAGAUUCUAAGCUGAAUAGGAGCUCCUUUAUGAUGCGACUCAUUUCUGUGAUCUUAGCCAGAGGUAUCUUCUAGAGACAGGAUACUAUAUUUAAUGCAUGGCAAGAGCCUUUGGUAUCAGUCUUUCCACAGCCUGGAGUCCCUAACAGUUUCCUUUGUGAUAAAAUUAUACCUUUUGACUUGAACCAUAUGGCGCUGAGAAGAAUGGUACCUUAUUCUGAAAAAAACUCCUUAUCCAGUAAUUUGGGCUAAGAAAUGGCGAGGUGUUAAUGACUUGAAAUGGUGCAAGAAUGGGCAAAUCAGAGAAGUGGUUGGGAACAUGGAAAGGGGGUUGUGAGGAUUGGCAUGCUGUUUUUAAGAGAUAAAUGUCUCAUUUUCCUAUUUUCUGUUGGGGACUUGCUAACCUUAGAGCAGCUUUUUGCCCUGGUGUUGUAUUUUACAUAUUCUAGGUUAUAUCAGACUUUACUUGAAUAUAUUGGAGUUACUUGUUAUCACCUGAUCUAUACCACAAUAAACUCAGUUUGGGGCUUAUUAA